UUCAUCUCUUGUUGUGUCUUUUCUUGUGUGUUUGUUCAAUUUAUGAGGGUAUUCACUUGAGCUUAUUGAAAUUCAGUUCAUUCAUUGUCAGGCAUAACUUGGAAUUAUCUAUCAAAUACUUACUCAUGGAAGCUCCAGAAGAAAAGUCAGUGGCUAAAGAGAGUGAUGAAGGCUCUUCGAACAGAGACAACCACCACCCAGUUGAUCAUCUUCCUCCUCCUAUACAAAAGGUUGAAGUACCAAGUGAAAUAAUUGAAGAAACAAGAACCAGUCAACAUGAGAGGCAGCAAAACCUAUUUAUGGAGAUACCCACACGAACAGUUGAGGGCUUUCCAGAGGAUUUUGUGAGAAUAAACAUGCCCCCAACACCAAGUGCAACUCCCAAAAGGGUGAAUUUUUCCCCACUGCCCAGUCCUAGUUAUGCAAAAUUCAAUGGGUUUUCAAGUCCCUCACCAUCUAGAGGAAAAUCAUCAAUGAAAAGCCUCCUCCCUAAAUUAAGCUUCAAGUUCCGGCGUACAAAUUCAGACAUUGAGAAGGCUGCUAUCCUAGCCCUAGGAGGAACGCACUCAGGAACGCGGGGGAAAAGUUUGAUUCCAAGGACAUUGUCUUUUACAAAGCUUCUCACACCCAAAACGAAGAUCACGUCAUCUUUGCCAGUUACCCCAAUUGCACACUCAACUCCAGAGUCUAUGCAUGGAGGAAACACAACUGACGGACUCAAUUCAUCUAAAGGUGGUACCCAACUUCCUAUUCAUCGUUCACGUUCUGUUCCCGUAUUAAAUAAAGAUCAAAGCAUAAGACAGAUGGAUUAUCUAGGUAGUGUCUUUCGUGUUAUUCCAACUACUCCUCAAGUGGCACAAGGAACUGUUGCGACAUCAAACUCAGCUCCUACAGUUGAUGCUGAUGUAAAGGAUAAUGAUGGUGAAGAUAUUCUGGAAGAAGAAGCAAUCUGCAGAAUCUGCUUUGGCGAACUUGGGGAGGGUGCUGAUACCCUCAAGAUGGAGUGUAGUUGCAAAGGCGAACUUGCCCUGGCUCACCAAGCAUGUGCAGUAAAAUGGUUUAGCAUCAAAGGUAAUAAGACCUGUGACGUGUGCCAGCAAGACGUUCGGAAUCUACCUGUCACCCUUUUACGAAUUCAAAAUGCUCAGCCCCGUAGUUUGCAAGGAAGUGGAGUUCAGCAGGCUGAAAUUGCUAGAUACAGGGUUUGGCAGGAUGUACCUGUUCUUGUUAUUGUCAGCAUGCUUGCCUAUUUUUGUUUUCUGGAGCAACUUUUGGUUGCAAAAAUGGGAUCUGGUGCAAUUGCAAUAUCUCUGCCAUUUUCCUGCAUAUUGGGUCUCCUUGCAUCAAUGACAUCAACCACUAUGGUUAGGAGAAGAUAUGCUUGGAUUUAUGCAACAAUUCAGUUUGGACUGGUGGUUCUCUUUGCGCAUGGUUUUUAUUCACUGCUUCACGUGCAGGCGGUUCUAUCAGUUCUUCUUGCCACAUUUGCUGGAUUUGGAGGUGCAAUGUGUGGGACGUCUAUUAUUCUUGAGUUUUUAAAGUGGAGGAGGUGGCAUACUUCAUCGAAUCGGCAGCGUGAUGCUCAGCAGGUGACACAGCCACAACAGUCUUCAGAAACUGCUCAGACACCUCAAACAGAUCCUCAGCAGCAUGAAACCGAAUUGGAGGAUUCAAGUAUUUUGCAUCGUAGCCUAGUUGAAAUUACAUUGUAAUUUGUUUGCUUAAUAAACGAGGAACAGAAUAAGGGUGGUUUCCUGUUUGUAUAGAAUCUCAAAGUGUUUGAAGUAUCGCAAGAUACUGAGUUUAUUUAUGAGCUGAAGAAGGAUGACUCCUGAUGUUAUAGAGUUUGUCCGGCAACUGUAAAGUUCUUUGUUGGGCUCUUUUAGUUAGCAUAUCGAGGCCAUGCAUGGUGGUUUCAGUACAACAUGAAAAUAUGCUAUUACUGAAUCAUCCGGUUACUGGAGGGGAGUCAAACUUAAAACUCUUUAUAUUUGGCUUUUCGUCCGAUUUUGUACCGUAGGGAUGAUCACAACAUAUUUAUCUCCCAGUGAAUGAGUUUUUAUGUUUUUCAAGCUGUGUGGCCUUUACUCAAUGAUAUUUUCCUUGAG